ACUGCUUUGUAGGCUAGCAAAUCUGCGCACGCGUUAACGCACAGACGUUAUCGCUAUGUCUAAGUAUUUUUCAAACGGGCUGUAGGAAGUCCAUUGGAAUAGUUUGUUUUUGUACUUGAAUUUCUUGAACACUCGUUAUGGCAGAAAAAUCACAUUUUAGCUGCCAGAAAAGCAUUUGACGAAUUCUUUCGGCAUUAUCCGUACUGUUAUGGAUACUGGAAAAAGUAUGCAGAUUUUGAGAAGCGUCAUGGUAAUAUUAAAGAAGCGGAGGAGGUAUACCAGAGAGGACUUCAGUCAAUUCCACUUAGUGUUGACCUUUGGAUUCAUUAUAUUAACUUCAUGAAAGAUUCUUAUGACAACAGCCAUCCAGAAACAGUUAGCAGAAUAAGGUGUGCAUUUGAACAUGGAGUGCUAGCUGCAGGUACAGAUUUCCGUUCCGAUAGAGUCUGGGAAAUGUACAUCAAUUGGGAAACUGAACAGUUAAAUCUAAAGGCAGUCACUGGAAUUUACACGCGACUUCUUGGAAUUCCAACACAGCAGUAUAGUCAUCACUUUCAGAGGUUCAAAGAACAUAUUCAGAAUAAUCUUCCCAAGGCCUGUGUGACAGUAGAAGAGUUUCUGAGGUUGAGGAGAGAACUGGCCGCUGCAAAUGAUCACAUGAACAGUGGUGAUUCUUCAGCAGAUGACAUUCCACCAGGAACUGAAGAUAUUAAGGAUCCAGCAAAACUUGUAACUGAAAUCGAAAAUAUGCGUCAUAGAAUCAUUGAGAUUCAUCAGGAGAUAUUUAAUCACAAUGAACAUGAAGUUAGCAAACGGUGGCGAUUUGAAGAAGGGAUAAAACGUCCUUACUUUCAUGUUAAACCUUUGGAAAAAGCACAGCUAAAAAACUGGAAUGAGUACCUAGAUUUUGAGAUAGAAAAUGGGACCAAUGAACGUGUAGUUGUCCUUUUUGAGAGAUGUCUCAUUGCAUGUGCUCUGUAUGAGGAGUUUUGGAUUAAGUAUGCCAAGUAUUUAGAGAGUCACAGCAUUGAAGGAGUGCGGCAUGUGUACAGCAGAGCCUGUGUAAUUCACCUUCAGAAGAAACCACUGGUUCAUUUGCUUUGGUCAGCAUUUGAGGAGCAGCAAGGCAAUAUAAACGAAGCAAGAAGAAUUUUGAAGUCUUUUGAAGAAUCUGUACCAGGGCUACCAAUGGUUCGCCUAAGAAGAGUAAGCCUAGAGCGCAGGCUUGGAAAUUUGGAAGAUGCAGUGCUUUUACUUCAGGAUGCUAUCAAGAUCAGCAAGUCACCUAAUGAAUCUACUUUUUAUGCUGUAAAAUUGGCUCGGCUACUUUUCAAAGUACAAAAAAAUCUGCUUGACGCAAGGAAAGUACUUUUAGAGGCCAUUGAGAAGAACCCGGAGAGUACCAAGUUGUACUUAAACCUUCUUGAAUUGGAGUACAGUGGAGACCUUCGACAAAAUGAAGAAAACAUUCUUAUCUGCUUUGACAAGGCUGUCCAUAGCACAUUGUCCAUAGAGAAGAGAUUAAUUUUCUGUCAGAGGAAGGUAGAAUUUUUGGAAGACUUUGGUUCAGAUGUGCACAAGCUUACAAAUGCAUACGAUGAACACCAGAGACUGCUGAAAGAAUUAGAUUCUUUAAAGAGGAAACCUGAAAAUGGGCUGGAGGAACACUGUGAUAAGAAGGCAUGUACAGAUGAUGAGGCAGCACUAAGUUCUGGUCAGAUGAGUGCUGAUAUGCAAGCCAGUCAGGCUGCAUACAACUACAAUUCCUGGUAUCAGUACAACUAUCAGACACCUUGGAAUUAUGGACAGUACUAUCAGCCAACGUCAACUUGAAUGGAAGUGUUUAUGCUUUUUCGUUACAGCAGUCUGAUGUAUAGAGCAUGUAUCUUCUGCUGUGAAUCUUCAGAUACAAACUUCCAUCAGUUCUCUGAGACUGGCAAUGCAGUGUAAAGUUUUCCUGUCAGGACAUCAGAUUUUUUUUUCAUUGUUAUUGACAGCAAAACUAUCAACAGAAUAAAUGCAGAUGGACUCAUUGCUUUCAUGACAUUUUGGGCUCUGUCAUGGUUAAAUACUUUUUUCCUUUGAAAAAAUUAGGAGAAAAACUUCUCUCCUGUAUUACCCCCCUUCCACUGUUCACGUUUCUAAUGUGUGUGUGUGUGUGUGUGUGUGUGUUUCUUUCUGUACAUAUUUGAAACCAUGGAAUAGAAAAAGUUUGUUCACUACCGUGGUAAACAGUUUGCCAAAAAAAAUAGACCGACUCCAAGUUUUUCAGGGCCUUUCCUUGAAACACAUGUAACCUUUAGUAUAUUUUCGUUAAAAAAAACACCUAUUUCUUUGUAGUAAUCUUUAUAUAGUGAGGAGAUGAGAUUUAUAUCACAUGGUUGAAUAAAUGGGUAAAUGUAUCACAAAGAAGAUUCUACAUUAUUUGGAGGUCAGGUUAGAGUAGAAGUUUGUAUUCCUUACAGCGAGAGUGAUGGCUUGUCAUCGUUGGGUAUAAACUGAGGUAAAUAGGGUGUGUUUAUUAGAGCUGCCCUUUUCUUACUUUAUUAAGCAUUUCUUCUUCAUCUCAUCGUACAUUAAAGCAGGCACACUUUACCUUCAUGGUUCAGCCAGCCAAGCCCACUUUGCUAUACUUAAGUGAAUGCCAGUACUUGUAUUCUGGCAUCAGUGCAUUGCAGUAAUUAGAUCGAGAUAAACACAUCCCAAAUGUUUUUGUUUCUACCAUGUGGCACAGUCACAAUUUCUUGUGAGUGGAGAAAUUCAGGAUAUUUAACUGAAUUAUGGAUGGUGGUGGUGGUAGACAAAUUUUAAGAUUCGUUCAGCCAUGUUAAAUUGGGUAGGGAGCAAUGCAUUAAAUAAAUGAAUAUAGUUAGGACAAUAGAUUGACAAGUUAUGGUUUAUAAAUACUGAAGAUAUAUUUAACAGCUCUUCCGGACAUUUAAAUGCUUGUUUAAGGGUUAUUUGUGUCCAGCUGAAAUGAAUCCAGCAUUAAGUGAAUUGUGCUGAGCAUGAUUUAAGCACUGCACAUUGUAGUGCAGUACUUUGACGCCUACCAGCUAACAGAUUAUAAUAUACCAUGUUAUAUUCUAAGUGGUCUUUACUUAGUGCCGUUAACAGUGUUUUUAGGGAGUAUGGUUAUAUCCGUUUGACAAUACUUAAAUGUUCUAAUCUCGUCUUUGUGGAAGACCACAUACCUCAUUUGAAAUGCAGGCUGUUUAAAAUGUUGUAUACAUGAUAUUAACAUGAGCUGGUUGUCUGGAAUAUUUUCAUAGAGUAAUUCACAUUGUCUUUUAGAGAAGAAUCCACCGUUUGUGCUCCAUGUACAUUUAAACUCACCACAUAAAUGAAAUAUUUAUUACUACAUUUUGUAGAUUAUGUGGUAAUUAAAAAUGAACUUGUGUGUACAUAAAUUAAUCCCCUAUCAUUUCAGGGCAAAUCUAGUUUUGUAAAUUUAUUUAACAAAUAAGUUUUUUGAUGGGGGAAUUAAGCUGUUGUAGAAAUGUGCAUGCUGACGAGUUUGGAUCGUUUGUAGAAACAUUUAUGUAUUGAUUUACGAACAAUUUUUUAAUCAAGUUGUCACUUUAUUUCUUAAUAAAACUGUAUGUUUAAUA